UUAAUAACGUGUCAGAUGUUACCAUUACAGUGUUGUGGCAUGGUCUUGCUCAUUCAAAGCACUGCCUUUCAGAGGAUUUCUGGAUGAUCAGGACCAUCGACAUUUCAGUGGGUGAUGUACGCAAGCUGUUCGGCGUACUCGAAAGACUGUUCAUAGAGCCCGAAGCCAGUGUGACCACGGCAAUGUUAAGGGGAAUAGCUGAACAAACGUCUGCACUAGUAAGGUGUCUGCACUAGUUAGGAAGAAGUCAUGGGUUUGAAUCGUACCCGAGCAAAGUGAUGGCGAUGUUUUCGCAACCUAUCAUCGAAGCACACCGAGAAUCUAGUGUAAAUGCAUCCGUUGGUACAAGGGCAAAAGCUAGUGCCAUAAGAAAGAACAAAUCCAAUCCAACAAAAACAAUAGGCUACGUUUUUUCAAGCUUGAAGCAGCCUAGGAUCGCUUUAUGUGAUUGAUAAAAGAUGGCGUCUGCGAAAUGGCAUCUGCAAAUGCUCAGGGCAGUGGUUUUCGUGGUGACAUUAUCAUUUGCAUCCAGCUAUCUACCGACCGAGUCCGAUGCGUACGACACCGCUUGCUUUGUCCCUUCUUCUGAACGACCUCGUGACGGAGACAAGCUUCUCGAUUUUGAGAUGUUUCUCCCUCCAUAUUUUGGUGACGUCUCUAUCGAGUACCUGAGUUUUCCUAAUGGAUCGUGUGGGCUCGACUCAUAUGUGCUUCUGCGAGAUAGAUAUUUUUUGAUCCAGUUCAAGGAUAUGAUUCAGCGUGAAGCAAGUGCAUUUUUCAGCCAUUGUAUGUUGGACAACCAGCGAAACAUGACACCGCCGUUCCGUUUCACAGUCAUGUCAUUGGGCCCAGUAGACUCUUCGAAGCUAGUUCCGGAUGAGGAAUUUAGCCGUCUUCCGGCUGAGUGGAUAUCAACAGGCGUUAUCUUCCGUGUACAUGUGGAUAACAUUACCGUGGGGCAUCAUGUUCUGAAUUGCGACAUACCGUAUAUGCUGAAGAUGGAGCAAUCUCAGUACAACCUAAACUUCACCCUGCUAAUAAAUGGUUGUCCAUCGGGUAAAUAUGGCGGGAGCUGUGACCAAAGUUGCCACUGCGCCGAAGGAGUGGAGUGCCACAGUUUCAACGGUGUGUGCAUGUGUCCACUUGGACUGGAAGGGACUUCGUGUGACCAACAUAAGCCAGUGAACACGGUACAGACGCACCACAUAUUCGUCCCCUAUGGAGAGACAUUCACUCUGACGUGCACGGUGCACGGAAUGCCAUUACCUCGGGCGUGGUCGUGGACCAAAAUUGGGCAGACCACGCCCCUGCUGGCUACCUCCCGUGAAGAGACGAUGCCAUAUUCUCCAAGGCCCGUUGUAAUCCAAAGUAUUGUAGAGGCCAAAAAUACAUCUGUCAACGGCGCCUAUGUGUGUGAGGUUAUUGACUGGAAUGGAACUCCACACAGACAGCUUGUUAAUGUCACAGUCAUGGCCAUUCCCGAGCCAUUCGUGCAAGUUCCUCAGAACCAAACCGCCCUCGUUGGCAGCAACGUUACCUUCACUUGCAAGAUCAGAAGGGAUGCCGGGGUAAUCCGAUGGGUCAGAGGUCAGAAGCAGCUACCAAACGAAGCAGCUGCGAUCAACGACCUACCUGGCCGGUUCCAGAUAUUUCAUCCCUCGGAGGGAGUUUCCAGUCUUCGCAUCUUGAGAUUGGAGUUUGGGGACGAGGAAGUGUUCAGGUGUUAUGCAGGACACACGUUCCGGGCACCAGACUUGAUGUAUGCAGAGGCAAGGCUCAAAGUUCAGUCGGAUCCCUAUCCCGAGUGUUCCUUCAACAAGGUCACCAACACCCUAUCGGGUCAGAAGCUGACUCUCCGGUGCCUGGUGAUGCAAGCUAAGCCGGUACCCCGGCUGAACUGGGGAGUGCAAGGAUUACAUUCCAAGCCCAUGACGUUCGAGCACCGCUCCGACGACGGCUUCUCCUACAACAUUAACACCUCCUUAACCCUUGUACCUGGGCCAGAUGAUGAUGGGAAGAGGUUGUCUCUCUCCCUAACCAGUCCAGCAUGGACAGGAACCAGAGAAGUGGAGACAUCACUGAAUGUCUCAUAUGCGCCCAUUGUCGCAGUCAGCCCAGACCCAGUAACAGUUAUCGAGGGCCAGGUUGUUACCGUCUUUUGCUCGGCCAAGGCCAACCCAGACCAGGUGGACGUUAUCUGGACCCUUAGAUCUUCCAGCAAGCCAGUCGCCUCUGUGUCCAGCAGUCUAACGUACACGUUCAAGAAUAUCGACAUGGAAUAUGACAGGGCUAACCUGACAUGUUCCGUCGGAAACACCAUUGGCAAAACUGAAAAGACUGUGCAGAUCAAAGUAACAGGCAAUAGCAUUUCCAUCGCAACAAAGAUAGGCUUCAGUGUAUCAGGAGCUGCGUGUUUUAUGAUGCUGCUUAUCGCAAGCGUCGUCUCUCGUCGCUAUCGCAAGGAAAUCAAGCUUUGGUGGGCUCAAAAAGCCGGAAAAACAGGAGAUAAAGAUUUUGACGUGUUCAUCUCCUACAAGAGCAGCAGCCCUGACGAGGAGUUUGUGAUGCACGAGCUGAUCCCUCGACUGGAGCAGGCUGGAUACCGUGUCUGCGUCCAUUACAGAUACUUCCUGCCUGGCAGAAGUAUCAUUGAAAACAUUGCGGAUGCGGUCCAUCGUAGCCGUAAGACACUCCUCCUAUUGUCUCCAGGUUUCAUCGAAAGCGAGUGGUGCUGCUAUGAGUUCCAGGCUGCUCUCUCCCAGAUGUUACACCUCCAGUCGGACCUCAUACCCGUCAUCUUUGAGGACCUGGGACCCCAGGAGAAUCUGUCCUCAGAUCUGCAGACGAUACUGAGGACACUGUCCUACGUCACCUGGCCCGGUGCCAUCCAGCAGGGCCGCAACCAGACCGACGCUGACCUGGAACGCUUCUGGAAGCUGCUGUGGCAGUCGCUCCCACCGAUCCGUGUUGGACAGGACGAGCAGGCGGUUGGUACCGUAGAGCUGGAUUUGCAGAUCAAUCAGGAACAGCGUGCUAGAAUGGAUGGAUUUGAACAUGACCACUUGGCUGGAGAUAGGGCUUUUUUAUUUUCUUAUUGACGAGGCUGUGACGAAGACCCGAUUACUUGAUGGGAAGUUGUGCAGUGGGAACACUAUUUUGUUUCAACGUUGAAUAUUCUACCAGCGUUUUUAACGUUAAUACAACGUUAUGUAUCCCAGAGUGAUUACAGUGCAGACGAAUUGCAUGUAUUUUACAUCCCCCUGGUAUACAACAUUACACCGAGAUUGGUAGAGGAUUGAAUAAAACCCAAUGUUGUCAUGUAAAAGCAAGUACAUGUAAUGUCAAUCAAAAGAACGGGACAAACACAGGAUGGCUGUGCAAGAACUUCAACAACCUUUAGUCACUAGACACGCCCUUUUAAACACACACACUGCACUAUGAGAACCAUUCAACCUUUAAGCAAUGAACCAAUACCAAAUCAGUAUCUUAGUCAACCGCAUACUUCUGGAUUAUCCGGUUCGUAAGUGACUUCGUUAUACACGCGGAAGCGUCACUGAUUGCAGGCUCUCAUUGGACAAACGUGGUUCCAUCAUCUCUGUGUGCAGUGGGCGAUGUUGAAACUGCAGUGACGUCACACUUAUGAACCCGAUUGUUACCAUUUUUCAGGAAUUCGUCAGGUAUUUACUAAUUCAAAUCACACAAUAUACCACACCCAUGCAAUAUCUGCAUGGAUUGAGAUUGGUAACAUUUUCCCAUAGGUGCACAGAAAACUGCAACGGCUAGGCAUACCCUAGAGUCCGUAUUAGGACUUCAAUGUGUCUUAAUCCACCUAAGCCCACAGGUGUUCCUUUUAUAGAGCGUUUUGGAUUUUCAGUUUAUAUCUCCCUUUUUUCUGUGCAGAGUAUACUCUAACUUUUGUUUCUAACUAAAGUGGUUAAAAAAGUUCAUUUGCUCUUGUAUUUUGUGCUAGGCGGCCCAAAAAAAAUUUAACGGUGAACAAGGUCGAUUUACCAAUUUUUCCUAGAAGUCUUUGACAUCAUAUUUUGAAUUUUGCACAUGCUGCCUAUCGAUAUAAAUCAGUAUCACAGCAGUUGGUUAAACAGUAUAACACUGAAUAGAGUAUAGACUUACUUACAGUAAAGUGUAAAACUAUGUAGCUUAUUAUGUCUCUGACAUAACUGUAAAAGAUUUGAUCAAGUGUAAUUCUUUCCUCGGCUUUUAUUUUUAAAUUGACUAGUUUCGAUCACAUUAUUUGAAUAUAUUGGACGCUUAAAGAGCACCUCUAUGUUAAACGUGUUUUCUCUGACUUUAUCUGUUCAAAACAAUAUGGAAGCAUCCAAAUCGAACGUAGUGAUUCUUUUUUCUUUGGAGUAUAACUGUAACAAGCUCAAAAGGGCUGCUUUAAUGUUCAUGCCAAGUUGCGAAUUCUGAAGGCAGAUUGCGUUGCCCCCCCCCAAAAAAAAAACAACGAGAAACGAGGGGAACCUCGAUGUGGUUGUAGUGGAUACCCUUGUGCGUGUCAAACAAUGGCUACAUGCACUGUUUGGCAUACACAAGGGUUUAUCCACUACAGGGGGCGAGGGUUCCCCUUGUUUUCUCUGUUUUCUCCGAAUGACGCAAUCUACAUUCAGAACUCGAAUAUUGACAUGAACAGAAUAAAAGCCUUUUUUUGUUUAUUAUAGGUGAGCUCUGAAGACACAGGACACUGCGUUGGAUUUGGAUGCUUUAAUAUAUAUUUGAGUAGAUAAAAUCAGAGAAAACAUGUUUUCCUUAAAGGUGCUUUUUGAGAAUUCACGUUCAGAUUUUUUUGUGUAGUGUUUGCUCACCUUUUGAGAAGUAACGGAGUACUUACCGCAGUAUAUUGAUUUGCUUCUUUGAAGUUUUGAUGUCUGAAAAAAUGUGUCGUGCAUUCGGUGUGUGAAAACAUGUAGAUUGGUAGAGUAAUAUCUUGUCUCUGUUGUAAUGAUCAUAGGAAAGAUAAAGUCGCUUUACAUGAAUAAGCAAAAACUUAUAUUUAGGUAUCUAAUGAUUUACAGCAUUUUACGGAUAAUUGUGUGAUCAAAGUUUCCAGUUAAGUCACGAGUUGAAAGAAUAUCGUAAAUAUGAUACACGCUUCAGGUUAUGUAAUUGUAAUGCAUUUAAUCAUAAAAACUGUCAGAUUUAGGUUUAAUAUUCACGGAGGUUGGCGACUCCGGCCUCUACUCAGUUGACCGAAGGUUCAUCAGUCUGAAGACUCGAUGUCUGAGUAUAUUAUGUUGCCGGGGCAAUCCGUUAGAAAAUAAACAAAGGUUCUUCCCAAACAUCUGUUGCAAUGGUCCAAUAGUUCCGUAAUCCAUAGUUUGUUAAUCCAAAGGCUCAGUAGUCAUGAGUGAGAAUCUACAUGUAUUAUUCCAAAAAUACAGUAGUCCAAAAUGAACAUAAAGUUUAUUUGAUCAAAGUUUCAUUAUUCAAAUGACCCCCGUGCAACACCAUCUGUAGAGAUUAAGAUUGGGAACGCUUUCCAUACGAGCUAAAAACAUUCGAAUGACUCCACAGGAGUGGAGAUAAAAGCAGUGAAAAGUAUAUUUGCGAACCUUGUAGAUAUCCUUCUUUUCCUGGAAGGCUAGAAAGUAAAAACUUUUUCUCUCAUA